AAGCUGCUGUGGAGCAUCCCUGAGGUUAGCGAGCGGCCUUCCGAGGUUACGCUUUUGUUCUUGCACUGCUCAGGCGCCAUGGCAGAGUCCUUGUUCUUCAACAAGCGGGUAAAGUAUAUAACCGAGGACCCCAACCGCCUGUGGAUAUGGGACAAGGUCACGUUUAUGGAUGAGCAGCGGCGCACCUGGCUACCGAUAAUCCUCCAGACAGAGAAUAACCAGCAGGUGCUCCUGCGUCAGCAAAGGAUCCAAGUCGGGGACCCCCUGAGUCCCAGCCAGCUCACCUCCUGCCCGCUCCCUCUGAUGUGGCAGCAGGACUCUGAAAGGAAAUACCGAGCCAAUGACGACUCCAUCUGGCGAAUAGUGUAUCACAUAGAGUUCUGCGGUACAGAAGAUAUCCUCCUGGAGAAGAUGCCCAGCCAGGAGUGACCUUGACUCGGCCUUGCAGUUCUGACUCUGCUCGCCCUGGGCCUGCAGUGGACGUCUGUGCUGUGUUCACCCUGUUGUCUGGUCCCGUGUGUUCUUCACUGUGCUGGGAGGAGAUGCCCGCCGGAGGAUGGCCCUGCCCAGGCUGCAGGACCUGCCCACAGCCCUCUGGGCUCCCUCAGCCCUCAGCCCCGCUGCUGCCCUGGCAGGUGGCACCAGCGAGGACCCGCGUCCAUAUCACUUCUUCCAGGGCCCAGCCCUACUGUGCCUCCGGUUUCCCAGCCAGCAGAUGAUGUUCAGUCUCUCUUCCUUCGCGUGCUCACACCCCGAGACCAUUUCCAUUCUGUCCCGUCAGCUCUGUGCAUCCAGGCCAGACCAGCCUCCUCUCCAGGUGCUAGGCCUGUGCACCUGGCCUGCAAAGCCUCUUUUACCCUGCAGGCUCAUACCUGACCUGCUGGUCCGUGGCCCACAGCAUCUGGCAUUUAGAGAGGCUGGGCAGGCAAUCAGCAUGGGGACCUGCGGGUUGCCCAUCUUAGAAGGGAGAGGGGUCAGGCUUCCCUCUUUGACAAGUAUACGCACACACAGGCGUCAUGAGAUUGGAUGUGGCAUGAAUACUUUGUAAUGCUGACAAAUUAAAUGCAUAAUGAUUUGUAUAACUCGUA